CCUAUCAUUACUUCAACCUGAAACGUCAAAAACUACCAAAAAGCCGCGAAAUCGUUCUCAAAUUUUGAAUAAAAAAUUAUUUAUAAUUAAAAUUUACCGUACCUUACUUACCCGUAAUAAAAUUAAAAAUGCCUAUUCUAAUUAAAUCAGCUGGUGAGGGAGGAAUUGAAGAGUGGGCAAUUAUAGAGAUGCAAGGUGAUCUAGUAGCUCGUGACGAUGAAGAUAUAGAAAAUCUGUUUGUAGGAGAUUUAUAUUACAAUAAAUUUGGUCAACCAAUAAUGAUAAUUGGACAUCAUAUGCUCACAGGAAGAGAACAAAAAAUUGAAAAACCCUAUGCUGUUUUGGAAAAGACAAAAACCAAUGAAGGUGUCAGUCUAAGUGAUACUACGACAACAGAUGCAGGAGAGGUGAGCACUUUAAAUGCAACUGUUGAUCAAACGUUGCUCGAUACUACAGCUGCUAUUGAAAAUAAAUCAGCUCAAAGAACAGAAUAUAAAGUUCGAGCACUCGUUACAAAGAAGCUACUUUUCAAAUCACGUCCAAAACCUAUUAUUGCUAAUGUUCCAGACACUGUCUGAGUGAAUCUAAUGAUAUUGUUAUUUUAAGUUGCAUUUUUAUAUGAAAAAAAAAAAAUUGUUAAAA